CGAACGGUCGCUAGGAGUUCUCUUUUCUUUCUCUCGAUUCUCUCUCGCUUUCGUUCAUCCCGUUUGUGUUCUUGCGUGCGUGGUGUUCGUGUGGUUUCGUCUUUUUUCUCUUUUUUCCGUUUCUCGUUUUAUUUCGUGUGCAUCGGUUCUUUCGUUUGCGCUCGUAUCCAAUAAUCUCAAUCUCUCUCAAUCAUUUCAAUUUGGUUCGGACUUGUGCCUAUUUUCUUUUGACGAUUUCAAGGUUGGACAAAGUAUAAUCUUUCCAACUUUUUAUCAUAUUAUUGUAUAACGUUUGUUUGCUUAAAAGACUCGAUUACGUGUACUUGUUUCGACAUUUCAUAUCUGUUUACCAAAAAUGGCUAAAGUUUACGUCGGUAACCUUUCUUGGAACACAAACGAUGAUGGAUUGGCUCAAGCCUUUUCCGCUUUUGGUCAAUUGACCGAUUAUAUCGUCAUGAAAGAUCGUGAAACCGGUCGUUCUCGUGGUUUCGGUUUUGUUACAUACGGUACACAACAAGAAGCUGAUGCUGCAAUCGCCGGUCUCAACGAACAAGAGCUCGACGGUCGUCGCAUUCGUGUCAACAUGGCCAACUCUCGUCCCGUUGGUAUGGGUGCCGGUAUGGGCGCUGGAGGUUAUGGUGGCGGCUACGGUGGUGCAGGCAUGAACCCUCAAUCAUAUGGUGGUUAUGGUGCUCCUCAAGGCGGUUACGCAGGCGGCUACGGUGCUCAACAAGGUGCUUAUGGCGCUCAACAAGGCUUUGGAGGUCAACAAGGCUUCGGCGGUCAACAAGGUUUCGGUGGACCUCAAGGUUACGGAGCACCACAAGGCGGCUACGGAGGCAGCUUCCCACCACCACCACAAAACGGCUUCGGCGGUCAAGCAGCAGGCGGUUUCCCUGGUCAACAAGGCGGUGGUUACCCUGCUGGUGGACAAGCUGGUGGUUACCCAGGAUCUACUCAAGGUGGCGGUUACUAAAAAGCUCUCCUUUGACAUUUGAAUGAAUGCGAGUUCGGGACAAGGGAAGGCUUGCAAGCUAUCCUGUGUUCCACUCCAUCCUUCGUGUUUGAGCUGUCAAAAUUUAUAAUACUUUCCGUACCAUUCACAAAAAAAUCAUGUUGAAAUCAAGUUGAUUUAACUAACUUUUAAAAAUCACAACUUCAUCUUUUCUUUCCUCUUCUACUCGUGCGACAAUGCCGUCUGCACUGAACUUCAUACCAAUCUAUCAAUUUAACG